AUGACCUACCCAAGCGGCGAUCGUCCGACGCCUCCGGAUUCAGUGCCGACCACAACAAAGCACUCAGGAGAUGACAAUGAGUCAAUACACUCGGAAGCAACAGGGCCUCUCGUUGGACCUGGUAUGCUAUUGGACAGCAAGGAUCUUUACAGAUCUGAUCCCCGCGAAGAGUGGACUGUCUGUGAUAUUGGAAUUAAUCCAAGUGAUACAGACGCUUCGGCCAAGUUUGCACUAAUUGUAAAGCGCGACAAAAUCCAAGAAGAUGACGGAUCAUCAGGACUCAAACUUUAUUCCAUCAAAGUGCAGAGUCCACUCAUCAAGACUGCAUUGGGCCCCGUCUUUCAUAAUUAUCCAGGGAUCAAGACAAGCUUGAAGAAUCUCACGUUUUCGGCUCCUUUCCGAGAAUUCUUCUACAGGUGGCAGGAGUUAUGCCAAGCGUCAAAGCUUUCACAACAUGAGGAGACCCAAAGUGCACACUUCAAACUCCUCUUCGACAUUCUGUCCGUUGAGAUUAAACCUCACAUCGAAGAAGUGGGAGAUCUCCUACUCAACAAUGUUAUCAACUUCAAUUACCUUUGGGCGAUCUUCGAACCCGGAAUGGAGAUAUAUUCCCUCGUUGAUGGGAAACACCGUCUAUAUCGCCUAACAACUUGUCAAUUCGUUGAUUUAGAUGGCGUGAACUUCGGGUACAAUUGCACGACCCUUACCAUUGGCGAAUUCGCAGAUGUCAUGAGGAUUGUGGAUUUGACCGUACUUCCCGCAUACAUGAAACCUGAUAUCGACCUUAUCCGGGCUCAGCUCAUUGAGCGGGGGAAGAAGUUCGAGAGCUUGAAUGGAUGCCAUUACAAAGCAUAUGCUGGAGUUUAUACUUUGGCAAACAUUUCUUGGGGCCGCUCACGGAGAACCACGCUCCAAUACGGACGCGUCAUAGUGGAUGAUGCCAUGUACAGUCGUUACAACGGAGGCUCUGAGAAAUCUCUACAAGCACUGGACAAGUCGAAUUUUGGGAGACUACAAUCAUCUAUUGGAUCUAUAUUCGAUAUAGAUGACAAUGACUUUGAUGAUACAAAUGCACCACCUGCGUAUCAGGCCAUGAGAUACGCCAUGCAGCAAGCGAGACGCCGGGAAGACAGGGCGCGCUCUCAAGCCAACAAGUGGGUAUCACUCUAUGUCGACAAUAUUGCGGAGAUCUUGUGGAACGAAGAGGCUUUCGACCGCCUAGUACUCCCUCACGAUUACAAACGACUGAUCAGAGGUUUUGUCCACAUGCAAUUGAAUUCGAUGGAUGAAUUCGACGACGUAAUGAAAGGAAAGGGUCAGUACGAUCCUUCGUUUCGGCGUCUCCGGAAGAGUGAGGACUGA